AUGGAGGAUGAGGAAGGCUACACCACACUAAAUUUACGACUCCCAGCUUCAGUUAUUACUGAUGGAUACUCAAGCAAUAACAAAUGUCCUAUAUUUAGUACUCCAGCCCAUUGUGUUACAGUAGACAGAGUCUCUGCCUCAUCCGCCAUAAGGCAACCAGCAACCUUAGCAUUCUUCACUUUGAGCCUGGUGCUGCUCACAGGUCUGGUGGUCUUACUGUCCCUGUUUUUUCAGAUAUACCAGGACCCUGAAGAAGGAAAGAAGCUGCAGGCCAUGAGGGAAGCAUUGUGUUUUGAAAGGAGGGCAAAGAACGAAACAGAAUGUGCUGUCUGUCCAGCAAGGUGGAAAAGCAGUGAAGUUGGCAGCUGCUUCUACGUUUCAAAACAGAAGAAAACAUGGAAAGAAAGCCAGGAGUUCUGUUCCACGAGAAACUCCACACUUAUUGUGCUGAAAGACAAAAUAAAGAUGGUCUCUCUGCCAUAUGAUUCACAGUUUUAUUGGGUUGGAUUAUCAUACAUGCCUGAAAGGAAUGGCUGGUUCUGGGAGGAUGGAACUGCUCUUUCAAGAGAAGCCAAAGCUUGGACUGUAUUACGUGAGCACAACUUCUGUGCCUCCUUAUAUGGACGGAUUAUUUAUGACAGUAACUCCUGUUCGACAGAGCAAUUCUGGAUCUGUGAGAAAGGAGCUGUUCAAUUUGCCUGAAGAAGCACUGUGAGAAGUAAUGUGGGUUCUGUCACUGUUAGAUACCAUUUCUAGGAACUGGGUGUUUUAAAUGUACUUUUAUUUUUGUUUGUUUAUCAUGCAGAUUUCUCAGAAUGUUAAUUCAAAUAGACAGGUCAACAGAGAUUAAACUUCCUCUUCAUCUGCACUCAGGCUUAUAGGUGAGAGAAAAAUACUACAAAGCUGAAAGUCUAGGAAGCAAUUUUAAAGGGUUAGCAACAAUCAAGUAAUAAUUUUUCAUGAAUCUUUUUUUGGACAACCACACAUUCUCACAGAGCCAUAUAUUGCUUGUGCUUCUGUUACAAUUUCUCCUUUCCUCAGCAUUCUACAGCUGCCAGUCAUAAACCACUCCAUCUCCAUAUCCUUGAUGAUUUUAUCCACUGAAUUACUGUAUACACUAACUACAUAACCCUGUUAUUGACUAGCUUGCCUGCUCAUACCCUUGUUCCUAAUUCUGUUCUUCCAGUUCUUCCCUUCUUUGAAGUGUAGAAAUACAGAAUGAACACAAGGUUCCCUUUACUAAUAAAACUCUCUUUGCAUAUGCAUUAAUAUCUAUAGAAACAGAAGCACAUUUUUUUGAAGAGUACAGGAAAUCCCUGGAAGAAAUCUCUAAAAAUUAGACUCAAAUGUCAUGUGUAUAUUAAAAUAUUACCUAAACAAAACUUCAGUGCUGUAAUAAAUAGAAUUGCUAUGCAAAUAGUAGUAAGGAUAACAAUGACAUGCUUUAAUCACAGAUAAUCUCAAUGAGUACUCAAACUGAUGCAGCAUCUGUUGCCACAAAUAAUAUCUAUGUUCAUGUGUUGUAUCCACACUGUUUGGGAUCUGUGGAGUCCAAGACACGUAGUAUGUGUCAUAUACUAUUGAAGAAUUUGUCACACUUCCUGGAACAAAACAAUGCCUCUAGAUUUCUGGGUGGAGUUUCAUGGCGUGAGUUCAUUGAAGUUUGUGUAUGGAAAUAAUAGAUGGAUGUUUUAUAUCAUACAUGAAACAUUCCUUAUGUGUGUAUAUAUAUGUAUAGAUAGAUAGAUAGAUAGAUUGAUUGAUAGAUAUGCAGUAGCGCUUGGAGACCUUCCUUAAAAUAAAUUAAAUACAAUGCCGUGUCUUUAAUAAUCAUAAUUUCCUUUGAAAGUGAUUUCAAAGACUGAAGCAAUUCAUUCAGAAAACAAACAAACAAACAAACAAAAAAAAACCAACAAAAAAAAACCCCAACCCCCUACCUAGUGUGAUGAAAGAUGUUUAUGAACUGAAUUACUUCACAGUACUUAGUAGAGCCAAUUCCUAAUGUAUGGAUACUGGAGAUUUUCAGAGCAAUUCUGUUCUGUGAUGCUGUUCUAUGAGCUACCAGCUGAACUAUCUAGAAAUCAUUGCUAUUGCAAUAAAACAUGCGUAUCUGAAAGUAGGGUACAAUAUUUCAUCCAUUCAAAGGUUUCAGCUCCCUCAACUUAGAAUCACAGAAUCAUAGAAUCACAAGGUUGGAAAUGACCUAUAAGAUCAUCUAGUCCAUCUUCUCAUUACA